AUGUAUCUUCUGUUAGAGCUUUCUUUAUCAACUUACAAUAACCUCUAUUUCAUUCAAAUCCACCCAUUUUCAUCAUCAUCAUCCGAAACCACUCCAAAUCAACACUCAUUCGCAGUGAAUUACUUCAUAAACUCAUGUGGGUUUCCUCUAGAAAAGGCUCUUUCCGCAUCGAAUUAUGUCGAACUUGAAACUCCAAACAAACCUGACUCUGUCCUCGCAUUUCUGGAGAACCACGGCUUCACCAAAACCCAGAUCUCAAAUCUCGUCAGGAAGUAUCCUCCAGUAAUCUUAUGUGAUCCGGAGAAAACCCUUUUGCCCAAAUUCCAGUUUUUCAAAUCUAAAGAGGAGACGAUCUCUGCUAUUAAGCGCAAUGGUGAGCUUCUUUUAGUUGAUCUUCAAGCUUGUGCAUUGCCCAAUGUUGAAAUUUUGAGAGAAGCCAAUGUGCCAGAUGCAAAAAUUUUGCUCAUGUUAAAGUUCAUGCCUAGAGCAUUCAAUUCGACUAGUGAUAGGUUUAGAAAGAUUGUGAAUGAGGUAAAGAAAAUGGGUUUUAAUCCUUCGAAAUUGAAUUUUGUGUUAGCGGUUCAUGCAUUCAAGUCAAUGAGUAAAUCAACUUGGGGGAAGAAAGUUGAGGUUUAUAGGAAGUGGGGUUUGUCUGAGGAUGACAUUCUUGUGUCUUUUGGGAAGUAUCCAUGGUGUAUGAUAGCGUCUGAGCAUAAGAUCAUGAGAGUGAUGGACUUUUUGGUCAAUAAAAUGGGUUGGGAGUCUUCACUUGUUGCAAGAAGUCCAUGA